ACUAGUCGGCGCUGUGACUCCUCACUGUUCCUCAAGCGCCGGAAGAUCCGCAGGCGAAGAAGAAAACAACGUGAGCACCAUGCCGAAAUCCAAGAGAGACAAGAAAGUUUCUUUAACCAAAACUACCAAGAAAGGGUUGGAAUCCAAACAAAACUUGAUUGAAGAGCUGCGGAAAUGUGCAGACAUCUACAAAUACGUGUUUGUGUUCUCAGUAGAGAACAUGAGAAACAACAAACUGAAAGACAUCAGGACGGCCUGGAAACACAGCCGGUUCUUCUUCGGAAAGAACAAAGUCAUGAUGAUUGCGCUGGGUAAAGGACCGACUGAUGAAUACAAAGAUAAUCUGCAUAAACUGAGCAGGUUUCUCAGAGGUGAAGUCGGUGUCUUGUUCACCAACAAAACCAAAGAAGAGGUGCAAGAAUAUUUCAGUGAGUUUAGAGAGAUGGAUUACGCUCGCGCGGGAAACGUAGCGUCCAUGACGGUGACGCUGGACGAGGGUCCGCUUGAACAGUUUCCACACUCGAUGGAGCCUCAGCUCAGACAGCUCGGGCUUCCCACGGCUUUGAAGAAAGGGGUGGUGACGCUGAUAAAGGAUUUUGUAGUGUGUAAAGAGGGAGACACACUCACACCCGAACAGGCUCGAAUUCUGAAACUCUUUGGAAACGAGAUGGCGGAGUUCAAGAUGUCGAUUAAGUGCAUGUGGAGUUCAGAAUCCGGGGACUUUGAGAAGCUAACGGAUGGGGACGUCGAGGACAGCAGGAAAGAGGAAGCGGAUGAAGACUCAGAGGAAGGAGAAGGGAGCGAAUAAAUCCUGGACUUUUUUUGCCAUGAACAUUUGUUCGUUUUGAUCCACCAUAAACCUGUAAAAUGUUUUUAUUGAGUGUUCUUUCAGUCAUCUGUUUCAAAAAUACUAGUUUCUGUCCGUCUGUACUGAAGAGAGAGAACGGGACUGAGGCAAACGUGAUCUGUGUGUUAUUCUUACUGUUAAAUAUAAGUUAUUUAGCAAAUUUAAGGCAAGAAGAAAAACGGCACAGUGAUCUAUCAAGACACAAUUGCAUUCUCAUGUAAACGUGGGGUAUGAAAUACAUUAAGUGCUGGUGAGCUCAGGACGAGGUUUGAUUUUGUCAUUGUGUUCAUUAGGAAGCACAUCCAACUCAAUUUAUCACUUGACCAUUGAAAAAUAAAGCGAUUUCUGGAUUA